AUGAAUGAGAACGAUGAGAAUGGACCCUCGGCACGCGUCACCCGGGCCAAGAGCGCCGCCCUGACCACCGAUGCUGCUGGAGCUAAGAAGGCCAUGGGAGUGAAGCGAGCCACCACAACCACAACCACCGGGGCUACACGCGCCCGCCCCGCCCUGGGAGAUGUCAGCAACGUCAACAAGACCGAGACUGUCGAAGCAAAGGCUGGCAAGAAGCCAGCUGCCAGCAAAGCCGGACUGACAUCCAAGGCAACUGCUCACAGUGGAGGAAUUCAAAAGGUCAGCCGUACCAGUUCUGCUCGCACAUCGAACCGACCUCCUCUCGGGCCCCGCGAUUCCAACAAGAAGUCCAACGCCACUACACACAAGCGCCCUCCCAGCAAGGAACGGUCUACCCAGGAUCAGGAGCCACCCCGCAAGAAGCCCGAGCUGGAAAGCAAGCCCCCCGCGAUUCCCGAGGAUGAUGUGAAGAUCAUUAAGCCGGCCCCGCAGGCAUUCCAAGAUGCCGUGCAAGAUCUGGACACUGAGGACCUGGAUGACCCAUUGAUGGCUGCUGAAUAUGUUGUGGAAAUCUUCGAUUACCUGAAGGAUCUCGAGAUCAUGACCUUGCCAAACCCCGAGUACAUCGACCACCAACCUGACCUUGAAUGGAAGAUGCGUGGUAUCCUUGUCGACUGGUUGAUUGAAGUGCACACCCGUUUCCGUCUCCUUCCUGAGACUCUCUUCCUUGCUGUCAACAUCAUCGACCGUUUCCUGUCUGCCGAGGUCGUCGCCCUGGACCGCCUCCAACUCGUCGGAGUUACCGCCAUGUUCAUUGCCUCCAAGUACGAGGAGGUUCUGUCCCCCCACGUCGCCAACUUCAGCCACGUCGCCGACGAGACCUUCUCUGAUAAGGAAAUCCUCGAUGCUGAGCGUCACGUUCUUGCCACCCUCGAGUACAACAUGAGCUUCCCCAACCCCAUGAACUUCUUGCGCCGUAUCUCCAAGGCCGACAACUAUGAUAUCCAAACCCGCACUCUCGGAAAGUACCUGAUGGAGAUCAGUCUUCUCGACCACCGCUUCAUGUGCUACCCUCAAAGCCACAUCUCUGCUGCCGCCAUGUACCUCGCUCGUCUCAUCCUUGAGCGUGGAUCCUGGGAUGCUACCCUUGCCCACUACUCUGGCUACACUGAGGAAGAGAUUGAGCCCGUCUUCCAGCUCAUGGUUGACUACCUUCACCGCCCUGUCUCCCACGAAGCCUUCUUCAAGAAGUAUGCUAGCAAGAAGUUCCUGAAGGCUUCCAUCUUGACUCGCCAAUGGGCCAAGAAGUACCACCACAUGUACGUCGACGCAGCCGACUCGCUCGUCAAGGACGAGCAGUAA